AUGACCUCCGUCCUCAACCUCCUAUUCUUGGCAGUCACCAACAGUCUCCUCGCCCAGGCACAGUUGCCGUUAUACAAGUCUUUUGUUGGAAAGCAAUUUACGGAAGGUUUCUACUUUUUCGACGAUCGCGACCCGGCCAAUGGCGUGGUAAACUAUCUGUCUGAACCAGCAGCCCAGUCUGCAGGUCUUGUCUCCUGGACUGACUCCACGUUCACAAUGAAGGCCGACAGCAUCAAUAACUCCGUGAUGGGAAAGGGCCGCGACAGUGUCCGUCUUGUCUCACGAGACGAAUUCGGUGACGGCGUGUACAUCUUCGAUAUCAACCAUUCUCCCGUCGGGUGCGGAACCUGGCCAGCCGUGUGGACCACGACGACCAAAAAUUGGCCAUAUGGAGGCGAGAUCGAUGUACUCGAGGGUGCCAACGCGAAUUCCAACUCGUCUAUAACGACUAUGCGUACUCUUGGCUUGCUCGACCCUAGUUCCCUACUUGCGACCGGAGGUUCCCUCCCAGGAAACGCAUCUUAUUCAGGACAAAACGCCGUGUCGCUUCAUACAGCUCCGCAGUGUCCUCUCAAGGAUCGUCCGGCUGGAUCCAUGACGGGUACCGCUGGCUCGAUGGAUUGCAGCGGUUUAAGUGAAGGAAAUAUAGGAUGCGGGGUGACUGUCCCUGGCAAGAGCUUUGGUGGCGCGUUUAAUGAAAACGGAGGCGGCAUCUACGCCGUGUACAGAAACAUUCACAACUCAAGCACGAUCCAGGCCUGGUUCUGGCCUCGGGAUGUGACACCUCCGGCUGACGUUCUAAACUCUUCCUCGACGACCGUCAACCCAUCUACGUGGGGGACACCAACUGCCGCUUUUACGUUCCAAUAUGCAGGAUGUGGAGGCCAAUUCCACAACCACGCCAUCGUCCUUAACAUUGAUUUUUGUGGAGACUAUGCCGAGGCGACAUAUGCAGCAAACGGCUGCCCAGGAACCUGCGAGGCAUUUGUCAAGUACAAUCCCAAGGCAUUUACCGAGGCUUAUUUCGAGUUUCGAUCGGUCCGCUUCUACGGCAGCUCCGCUUUGACCUCAUUUGCAAGACCAUCAUCCGUUCUCUUCGCCCUUUUUACACUGCUUUCUUUCCUCCUGGCGCUGUAG